GUGUAUUGUAAUUUAAUUAUUAUUUUUAAAAAUUAGCAUAAAUAACGCGUAAGACAUUAGCAUAUGUUACAUAGACGGAGUUUCUGCUAUAAAUUUUCAUUUUAACGCAAAAGUAUUAUCUGUUGAUCGAUCCCGCAACAUUCCCGAGGACAAGCGGAAUGGAUCAAUGUUGCGCAUGCUGGCGCAUGUGAGAUGACGGCACGUGAGAUGCUGCGUUGUGUCAUCUCUGUGUCCUCUGUGCUCAUCUUUUCCUCUUUAUCGUCACACUUCUCUUCAUUCUGUUAAGCAAGAAGCAGUUAAAAACUCGUGAAUACAAGAUGAAGGAUCACGACGGAACGAGUCAACAGAAAAAACCUACGAAACUGAAAAAUCUUGCAGACAAGACAGAGUCGUUUGAUUCUUUGCAUGUAAAAAAUGCCGAGAAAACCCUUUGCACGAAGCAAGCCUGUCUCGGUAGCAUAAUGCAGCUGCCGCUUCAUGGAACUGAACCACGUACAAAAGAAGAGAUAUUAAUUCACGCGAAAGAUUUUCUGGAGCAAUAUUUCACUUCCAUCAGAAGAUUAAAUAGCGAUGCUCAUCGCGCACGUUGGGAAAGCGUACAGAAGGAAGUAAUUUCCACUGGUACAUAUCAAUUAACAGAAACGGAAUUGGUGUUCGGCGCAAAAGUAGCUUGGAGAAACGCCGUGAGAUGCAUCGGCCGCAUACAAUGGUCCAAAUUACAGGUCUUCGAUUGUCGCUACGUUACAACUACAAGCGGCAUGUUCGAGGCUUUGUGCAAUCAUAUCAAGUAUGCUACAAAUAAAGGAAACAUUAGAUCUGCAAUAACAGUAUUUCCGCAACGCACUGACGGAAAACACGAUUACAGGGUAUGGAAUCAGCAAUUAAUUAAUUAUGCGGGAUACAAAAAUCCAGAUGGCACUAUUACUGGAGAUCCUGCUAGUGUAGAAUUUACAGAGAUUUGCAUGAAAUUAGGAUGGAAAGGAACGCGGACCAAAUUCGAGAUAUUACCUCUUGUUUUACAAGCCAACGGACAUGAUCCAGAUUAUUUCGAUAUUCCCAAAGAUCUGGUACUCGAAGUACACCUAAGUCAUCCUACUUAUGACUGGUUUGAAAAAUUGGAACUCAAGUGGUUCGCUAUCCCGGCCGUAUCUGGAAUGGUAUUCGACUGCGGGGGUUUGGUGUUCACUGCGGCGCCCUUCAACGGCUGGUACAUGAGCACCGAAAUUGGCUGCAGAGAUUUGUGCGAUGCUCACAGAUACAACAUGCUCGAGAUAAUAGCGACGAACAUGGGCCUGGACACUAGGACAGCCAUAUCAUUAUGGAAGGACAAGGCAAUGGUGGAGGCUAAUAUUGCGGUGCUGCACAGCUUUCAGAUAAAGAACGUGACGAUCGUGGAUCAUCAUACAGCUUCAGAAUCCUUCAUGAAACAUCUCGACAACGAAAUGCGCCUUCGAAACGGUUGUCCCUCAGACUGGCUGUGGAUUGUGCCGCCAAUAUCUGGAUCCGCGACACCGGUAUUUCAUCAAGAAAUGGCCCUUUAUCACUUGAAACCUGCUUACGACAACCAGGAUCCAGCGUGGAAGACUCAUGUAUGGAAGAAAGGACGCGACAAAAAGUCAACGUCGAAAAAGCCGAGGCGAAAGUUUCAUUUUAAACAAAUCGCGAGAGCCGUGAAGUUUACGUCUAAGCUGUUUGGACGAGCAUUAUCGCGUCGAAUAAAAGCGACCGUAUUAUUCGGUACAGAAACCGGCACAUCCCAAAUGUACGCGGAAAAGUUGAACGAAUUGUUGGGCCACGCUUUUCACUCGCAAGUACUUUCGAUGGCAGACUACGACAUCAGUAAUAUAGAACACGAGGCUCUGCUAAUAGUGGUAACUUCCACUUUCGGGAACGGCGAUCCGCCGGAAAACGGGGAAGUCUUCGCGCAGAAUCUCUACGCGAUGAAGAUGAACGACGCUUAUAUCAUGAAUAGCGAGGACAAGGUGAAUCUGGCGACCUCCAAGUCAUUUAUUAAGGCCAACAGUCAAACAGAAGUAUGCGGAUCGAAGAAAUUGGACAGACUGGAUUCUCUGCGCGGCUCCACGACGGACUCGCAGACUGAGGACAUCUUUGGACCCCUCAGUAAUGUCCGAUUCGCCGUGUUCGCCCUGGGCUCAUCGGCGUAUCCGAAUUUUUGCGCGUUCGGUCGUUACGUCGAUAAUCUAUUGGGCGAAUUGGGCGGGGAACGAUUAGCCCGCUUGGCUCAGGGUGACGAGAUGUGCGGGCAGGAACAAACCUUCCGCAAAUGGGCGGCCGACAUAUUCACGGUCGCAUGCGAAACAUUCUGCCUGGACGACGAUGAUACGUUGGCUGAAGUGGCCUUGUCCCUGGGUUCCGAGGCCCUGUCCGCGACCACAGUCCGUUUCGUGGAGGCUAAUCCGCAGCCGAUCGACAAAGCAUUGAGCAAAUGUCACAACAGAAACGUGACAAUGUGUAACAUGCUUCGAAGAUCCAACUUGAGCGGCGACGAGUCCAGUGGAACAACGUUGCUCCUGGAAUUGGACGAGUUAGUAGGCAUGGAUAUCUCUUACAAGCCUGGGGAUCAUUUAGGCGUAUUUGCAUGCAACCGGGUGGAACUUGUGGACAGAAUCUUGCAACGUGUACAGUCUACUUUCGACGUUGAUAAACCGAUCGAGCUUCAACUGCAAAAGCAGGCGCAUACUCCUAACGGUAUUGUAAAAACGUGGAUACCUCACGACAGAUAUUUGCCGAAUUCCUUGAGGAUGUUAUUGACUCGAUUUUUGGACAUUACGACGCCGCCUACGCCGAAUCUUUUAAGAUACUUUGCUUCGAUAGCCACGAACGCAAAAGAACGGGCACAACUUGAUCUUUUAACUUCUGAUCCAACGGCUUACGAGGAUUGGAGACAUUGGAAGUACCCUAAUUUGGCCGAAGUUCUGGAUGAAUUCCCAUCUGUGACUCCGUUCGCUCCGUUGCUCGUGCUUCAUCUAACGCCCUUGCAACCGAGAUUCUACAGUAUCUCAUCAUCCCCUGCUGUGCACCAAGGACAAAUACAUUUAACAGUCGCAGUGGUGCAAUAUCGAACGCAAAACGGUUCUGGAUCGUUACACUUUGGUGUUUGCUCCAAUUAUCUGCGAGAGAUAGCUGAGGGGCAACAGCUGCAUGUGUUUGUGCGAAGCGCGCCGAACUUUUAUAUGCCGAUGGAAACUAAGGCCCCGAUAAUAUUAGUGGGCCCAGGUACGGGAAUCGCUCCUUUCCGAGGCUUUUGGCAUCAUCGAUUUGCUCAAAUAAAACUCCAGCAGAAUCAAACAUUUGGGAAGAUUUGGCUGUUCUUUGGCUGUCGUCAAAGAAAUUUGGAUUUGUACAGACAAGAGAAAAAAGAAAUGUUGGAGGCUGGUGUUUUGGAUAAAGUGUUUUUAGCAUUAUCUCGAGAGCCUGGUAUUAAGAAGACUUAUGUGCAAGAUUUGAUACAAGCAGAGGCAGCUCAGAUUUAUAAGAUGGUAGUAUACGAGCGCGGACAUUUCUACGUUUGCGGAGAUUGCACAAUGGCGGAAGACGUCUACCAAACAUUAAAACAAAUUAUACAAACGAAUGGCCAAAUGACGGACAAAGACGUCGAAGCGUACAUGUUAUCGCUCAGGGUAAAUUUUUCAUUCAUUAUUCUUUCUUGUCGUAAAUCUGCUAUUUAUAUAAACAGUAUGACAAAUAACAAAGCCAUGCUACAAGGAUAUAAAUCAUUUCACUCUUGUAUGAGACAAUUCUCUUUCCUUCAGGAUGAGAAUCGCUACCAUGAAGACAUAUUUGGCAUAACGUUGCGCACGGCUGAGGUACAUAAUCGAUCGCGUGAGACUGCUAGAAUUCGAAUGGCUGCUGAAGACAUGCCAUGAAGACAUCACUCGGGUUAACAAACUACUAUGGUCUAAGUAACUUUUAUUCGAGGGCUUGUGCUAUUGCAUCAAUAAUUAAUAAUUACUGCACCGCAUAGUUCCACAUAGUAGGAAAUACGUUUUAUUUAAAUAGAACAGAGCGAUUUUUUGAUUGCUAAAAGUAUUUUAUCCACUAGAUGCGCACAUCUUCAGUUGUACGAAAUAUAUUACUCUCAUAUAUUCGCUGUGCACGCAGUAUAAUGUAAGACAGAGAUAUAUAUAUAUAUAUAUAUAUAUAUAUAUAUAGAACUUACUGCUUCUACCUGUUUUCCCUUGACUAUGGAGAGGCUGUCGCACUAAGUUCUGGUUUUGGUUUCUGACUAAUAUUAGCUAGCAACUUCUUUAUUUCAGCUAUUGCCUUUCCAGGAUUCAGACCCUGCAAAAAUAAUGAACCAUUUAUGCUUUAAUUUAACGUAAUUUUUAAAAUUUUGAAAUAUCGAAUUGAAAUAAUAAAUUAAACUCACUUUUGGGCAAGUACGUGUACAAUUCAUAAUUGUGUGACAGCGAUAAACUGAAAAUGGGUCCUUCAGUUUCUCUAGACGCUCAUUCGUUUGAGUAUCUCGCGAGUCAAUAAUCCAUCUAUAAGCCUAAUGAAAAUAUAUAUAACAGUUAAAAGAGGUUUAGAAAAAAAUAGCGUAAAUAAAUGUUAUAAGAACAAACUCUAAAUGAAAACAAAGUUAUAUACAUGUAUAUUUUCUAAUUGGAUUUAUCUUCAAAGACAUAAAUAUGCAAUAUUAUUUGUUUAAAAGAUAAUAAUUAUAUGCUUGUUAUUUGAAUCAUAGUGUUUAUCUCAUUCUUAAAAAACCUGUUAUUUGUAUCAUUUUUUUAAAACUUAUUAAUGGUGUGUUAUUCUAUUAUAUGAUAUACAAUAAUAUAUAUAAUGUGUGUUAAUAUUAAAUGCUUACUUGCAUAAGUACUGCAGGGCCUAAAUAUUUAUCACCAUUCCACCAGUAGGAAGGGCAAGAAGUACUGCAGCAAGCACAAAGAAUACAUUCAUAGAGACCAUCCUGUAUCAGAAAAAAAAAGCUUAAAUUAUGUAUUUAAUUUUAAGAGAAAUAUGGCUAUAAUCAAAAUGAAAAAUCAAAUAAAUAUGUGAACAAAGAA